CUGAGACGUUUCCUGUCCUUUACAGAAUCACCAUGAUUCUUCAGAGGCUCUUCCAGUUCUCCUCUUUCAUUCAGUCUGCAGUCUCAGUUCAUUUCAGGAGGAACAUUGGUGCCACGGCAGUGGCAUUUAAGGAACUUGAUCCUGUACAGAAAAUCUUUGUGGACAAGAUUAGAGAAUACAAAACCAAGCGACAGGCAUCUGGAGGACCUGUUGAUACCGGCCCAGAAUAUCAGCAAGAGCUGGGUAGAGAGCUUUUUAAGCUUAAGCAAAUGUAUGGCAAAGCAGAUAUGAAUGCGUUCCCUAACUUCAAAUUUGAAGAACCCAAGUUUGAAGUUAUUGACAAACCACAGUCCUGAAGAAAUGAUGUAAAAUGUAUCUAGUAAUUUAUUGUGCAUUAGUUUACAACUUAGGAGAAGUAUCAGAAUAAACAUUU